AUGCCGGCGGGCGGGGGGCUGCUCUGCGGGGCCAGCGGCCUGGCCCUGCUCCUGGCCGCCACCGCCACCCACUUCUGGCUGCAGCGCCGGGCGCCCGGUGGCACCGCCAACCUCGGGCUGUGGCGAACCUGCCUCGGGGGGCACUGCCGCCCCCACCCCGGCACUCCGGCCUUAUGGGAGGCCACACGGGUGCUGAUGCUGCUCUCAGUGCUCACUGCCACCGCCGGCCUCGCUCUGGGGCUCUCCAUCGUGGCCAGUGCUGCCCGGCGGGCGCGUGCCCGCAUGGCUGGUGUCACCCUGCUCCUGGCUGGUCUGCUGGCACUGCUGGGGCUGGGGGUGUACACGGCUGGCACGCUGAGCCUCCUGGGGCCAGCCCGUACCGCCUGGCGCUUCUCCUGGUCCUACAUCCUGGGCUGGGUCGCCGUCGUCCUCAUCGGCUCAGCAGGGCUUUUCCACCUCUGUGCCGCUGCCAAGGACCCGUCUCCAGAGAGCUCUGAAGUGGCGGGUGCCUGA